AUGAUUCUAUUAUUUCUUCAUUUUUCUAGAAAUUAUUUUCUAUCUCUUUUCCUUCUUUCUUUUUCCUUAGUGCUCAUUCUUUCUUAUUCUCCAUGGCAGUUCUUUUUUUUUUUUUUUCAUUUAUCUAAGAUAAUUAAUUUCUUUCCUUUCUUUCUGUUUCUUUCCCUUUCUAGUUCUUUCUUUCAUUACAUUUCUUUCUUUUUGUUUGUUUCUCUUUCAUUCUCUUUCUUUUUUUAUGUAUCUUUCUUUCUGUUUGUGUCACUUUUCGUUCCUUUCUUUUUAAAAAUUUUCUUUUUCUAUGUAUUUUUUUUUGUUGUUUUUUUUUUUCUUUUUUUUUUUUGUUUUUUUUUUUUUCUUUCUGUUUGUUUCUCUUUCUUUCUCUUUUUGUUUGUUUCUCUUUCUUUCUCUUUUUGUUUGUUUCUCUUUCUUUCUCUUUUUGUUUGUUUCUCUUUCUUUCUCUUUUUGUUUGUUUCUCUUUCUUUCUCUUUUUGUUUGUUUCUCUUUCUUUCUCUUUUUGUUUGUUUCUCUUUUUUUCUUUUUUUUUUUGUUUGUUUCUCUUUCUUUUUCUUUUUGUUUGUUUUUUUUUUUCUCUUUUUUUUUUCUUUUCUUUGUUUUCUUUUUUUUGUUUGUUUCUUUCUCUUUUUUUUUUUUUGUUUUUUUAAUUUUUGUUUUUUCUUUCUUUUCUUUUUUUUCAUUUUCUCUUUUUUUCUCUUUUUGUUUUGUUUUUCUUUCUUCUUCUUUUUUUUUUUUUUGUUUCUCUUUUUCUUUUCCUUUUUUGUUUGUUUCUCUUUUUUUCUGAUCUUUUAUUUUCUUCUCUUCUUUCUUUUUUUUUCUUUUUUUCUUUCUUUUUCUUUUUAUUUGUUUCUCUUUCUUUCUCUUCAAGGAAAUUUUUUUUUUCUUUCUUUCUUUCUUUGUUUUUUUUUAAUUUUUUCUUUUUUUUUUUCAAAAACUUUCUUUCUUUCUUUUUUUUUUUCUUUUUUCAAUUUUCUUUUUGUUUCUUUGGAUUUCUUUCUCUCUUUUUUUCUUUCUUUUUCCUUCCUUUUUUUUUUCUUUUUCUUUACAAUUUUCUUUUUCAAUUCCUCUUAG